AUAUUUUGACAGAUGGUAAACAAUUUCACAAGCUCCAAAGAAAAGUAAAAUUAAAUCGAAGUAAAAACCUAAUCAGAGGAUUUCCGGUAGUACAAAUCGUAAAUAUUAUGCAAUGGUUGAUGUUGAGCGCAUUAAGACCGAUGGUCUUAGGGAGUUGAAGGUAGAAUUCAUGAACAGUUACAGUGAAGAUGAAAACUGUGAAGUUAAAUUUAUAAAUAAAGUUGAGGCGAUAACUCCAGCAGGCACACCGAAGAAACUAAACCAAGGUAAAGGUAGAAGGAAGGCGGCUACAACAACUCGCAAAAAACUUAUACAGGACUCGGAAGUUGAAGCAGCAGCCAGUGUUACACGCAAAACAGUUACAGCAGCGCAUAUACAAACUACGACGAAAAAGAAUUUCAGGUCGAAGGAACCGCCUCCCAGCCAGUUGCGAAUCGAUAGUUAUUUUAAAAGCUGUUCCAAGUCGUACAAAAUUGAGCCUCGUACAGAGAAAGACAAAAAUAUUUAUUCAACUGCGAAAAUGAAUACAAAAUCAGUAAACAAUAGAAGACGUGGCACAAGUAGGACUACUAGAAAUAAAGGACGAAAGCGUUUGUUCAAAGAGGAGGACGAAUACACCACUACUGCUUCAACUGUGAGCGGCUUCACUGAUAUGACACCAACACCACCGAGGAAUGCGCGCAAAAGGUCUAGGCCCGCGAAUGCUGCUCGUGGCACCAGCAAAAAGCCUAAACAAAAAUCCAAAGAUAUAUUAGAUAUUCUAAUAGAUUUAAUCUCUGAUGAUGACACAGAAAGGGAAGACCUAAAACCUAAUUUGGUGGAGCUAGACGAGCAUUUCCAUUCAAUUGAGAAUAAAAACACAGGGGAAAAAAUCCCACAACGAAUUGAAAAUGUUAAAAAAGAGAACAUAAACGAUCUCUAUAACACGCUGCCAGAAGAAAAUGCCAUGGAAUCUACCGUAAUGGUUUCUAUCCCGGUGCGGCGCCAUACCCUUGAAAAAUGCAGUGAGACCUCAAACAAUAAGAAAAGCAUAAAAUCUGAGCUGAUUAAGGAAACCCAUGUUAAUGUUUUGCCCAAGAAAGCUACAAUGGCAAAGUCAGCACAGUCAGCGAAACCAAGGAGCGAAGUAAAUGUGGCCCGUAAUAAAAAAAUUUCACAAAUCGAAGAUCGAAAUAAUACAAAUGAACGCAGGGAGAUUGCAUGUGUAACAAGAUCCAUGACAAAAGCAACUGUGCCAAAGACGCCUAUGAAGGUUAAAGAAAAUACAAAACUUCUUGCUUCAACUCCACCAACACCACCACAGACCAGCAAUGAUGCAUCCAGUAGUAAUUGGGCAUCCAAUUUCGAUAUCUGCCCCGUUGUUAAUACGAAAAUUGUUGAAGUCAACAACGCUUCUCCAAUUCCCACACAGGAUAAGCCUCUACCUUCUACGUCGAAGAGCGGUAGGGUAAAGAAAAUACGAGUUUGUCCCCCAUAUAAAGUUGUAGCUGGUACUACGUUCGCUGUUGAUGCAUUCCAAUAUGGACAGAUUGCAGACGUUACUCACUACUUUCUUACACAUUUUCAUGCGGACCACUAUCAAGGCCUUACGCGAAAAUUUUCAAUGCCACUGUUUGUGAGUCCAUUAACGGCUCGUUUGGUGCGUGCUCUCAUACCAGUAGAAGAUCAAUAUUUGCACGAAAUCGAUCUGAACAUGCCGUUGGUUAUUAAUGGCGUAGAAGUCACCGCAAUCGAUGCAAAUCAUUGCCCAGGCGCGGUUAUGUUUGUAUUUAAAUUAUCAACCGGAAGUUGCAUUUUACACACCGGCGAUUUUCGAGCCUCACCGGACAUGGAGUCCGAGCCGAUAUUCUGGAAUAAUUACAUUGAUAGAAUUUAUCUUGAUACCACAUAUAUUGCGCAUAAGCAUAAUUUUUGCUCUCAACAUGAAAGUAUCGAUCGCGCCAAAUGUAUAAUAGAGAAGUUUCACAAUGAGCGUCCAACAACGCGCAUAUUAUAUGUUUGUGGCUCAUAUGUGAUUGGUAAAGAGCGCUUUUGGACGAGGUUGGCUCAUGAGUUUGGGUUAAAAGUUUGGACUGAGAAGAAUCGUUUGACAGCUUUACGGGCAAUGGAUUUAGAUGAAGUUCGCGGAUUGCUUUGUGAUGAUCCUUACUUGGCACAAAUGCAUGUAAUAUCCAUUGGUAAAGUAAGCUAUCAGUCUCUAGUCGAGUAUUUUCGCCAAUUUCACACCCAUUUUGAUGCUGUGCUUGCGUUUCGCCCAUCCGGCUGGGAAAAAAAUAACAAACCAUCGCUCCGCGGUCAAAUCAAUAUUGUUGGCAUUGAGUAUUCUGAGCAUUCUAGUAAUGCGGAGUUAGAGCGAUUUGUAACAUAUUUAAAACCGCGUGAAGUGAUUAGCACUGUACCUGUAACACAAGGCAAACCAUGUAUCACACCAAAGAUACCAGAUAAGUGGUAUAAAUACGAUACCCUAAAAAGUAGACAACGCAAAUUCCAGCCUUCAAUUACCAGUUUUUUGACAAUGCUACCACGACAGCCGACGAAGGGCACAUAUACCAAACGCACGACGAAUUGUGUGACUCCUACAAAAUCUCCCGGCUGUAUGCGUAACGAGUUAUCCCAACUGAGUGUGCGUGCCAUGACUACAUGCGUUCAACCGGAAGUGGAAACAGAUGAUGACGUUGUUUGUAUGGAUAUACAGCAAGCGACAUCGAACAAAACUCCGAUGGUGAAACGAGAUUAUGACGCUAUGUGUACGGACAUGCAGGCGACGACUUCUAGCAAAGUGCAAGAGGCGAUUAUUACGUUAUUUCCGGAUGGAGAUGCAUUGGACGACUGGAUAUAUUAGUACAGCAGUGGAUUAACAUUCGUUUUGUUCUUAUCUUUUAUACUUUUCUUGAGAAUUACUACGACGUUGCAUAGGCACACGUAGUAUAAAAUAGCUUUAUGAAACUGCUUUGUACUAAAAAUGUGAAAUUAACUUAAACUGUGAGUUUUUAGACCUUAAGCACGAAACUUAACGUUAACACGAAUGCUUUUUUAUAUGGAAUCUGUAUAUUGCAAUAAAGUUGCACCAAUGUGGUGUAUAUAGU